UAACAUGUACAGGAGAGACCGGACGAUUUUUUUGGUAUUGGAGUUUCUUGGUCCUUUUCAUGCGCUUGAGCUUUAAUUGAUGGCUCAGUUGCUAAUUGACACUCUAACAGGCAACGUUCUUGACGCACAGACUGUCUUGGCUGUGCAGCAGCUUUUCGAGGCUAACCAGACUGCUCAUAAUGAUCAAGUGUUGGAAGCAGCGUCUCAGAUGGCAGCAGGGGAGGAGGAGGAAGAGGACACCUUCCAGUGCGGCCGCUGCAAGUGCAAGUUCACCGCACUGCCAGACUACUUUGCCCACAAGAAGGAGCCUUGUGCAGGAAAGCUGCCCACCAGCCUCUGCGACGCUGGGACCACCUCUGCCGUCACCGUGGGAGACCGACUUGCCUCCUCCUCUCAGCAGCUGAGCCCGUUCCACCAAGGCUUGCCGCAGAGUGCCCGCGUCAUCCUGAGCGAGGCAGACCUGCUGGCCCUGUCGGGAUCCCUGGAGGCGUCGACGCAGCUGGAACUGCAGACGGCCGAUCCAGGUGGCACGCAGGAGGUGCUCGGAGCCAGGUCGGUCCUCUCGCACAGACCCCUGGAGGGGUCGCCCGCCCGGGAAGACUCGGAGGUGGAGACGACCCUCUCGCUCUACACUCUCGAGACGGCCACCUCGGACAUGACCAAGAAGAUGGCGGUCAAUAAUUGCAGUUGA